CCCGUGACGUUGAAAAGUUGAUUCAGAGCGCACGUAGUCGCCUCGCCGGAGUAAAUAAGAGUUGUGUUUUCGAGCAGAGUGGGCAGUUUCACAAGUUGUCUAACAUGACGGCGGCUAACCAAAUGUUUUUCGAGGACAGGAGCGACGUGCCGGACCUGCUCAGGUACUUGGCCGACUGUCCCUUCUCCUUCCCGGCCUUUGAUGACAGCGCUCUCGGUAAAAAAGGCAGCGUCGCCUCGGUGUGCUCGGAGCUCUGCACGGAACAAUGCCUGGCGAAGCCGCGAUGGCAACGGAGCUCCAGCCCAGCGGUAAUACCGCUACAGCGUCACCCCAGAAGUCUUUCCCUUUUGUUUUAAAGAAAAUUAUGGACAUACCUCCUCCGAACAUCCUGGAGGAAGGAGAAGACGACAUAGAGAAGGAGAAGCUGUGCUCAUCUGAAGAUGUGGAUGGAGGAGGGGCUGUGGCAACCAAUGCUGGUGGAGGCUCAAGAGGAGGUGGUGGUGGAAGUGGGGGCAGUGGAGGGGUAUCAGCCUCCCUGACCCCAGCCAUUUGGGAGAAGACCAUUCCGUAUGAUGGGGAGACAUUCCACUUGGAGUACAUGGACUUGGAUGAGUUCCUCCUGGAGAACGGUAUCCCUGUGACCCUGGAGGAGGAUGUGCUGCAGAAGACACUGACAGUUGAAGACAAAGUCAAAGCCAUUCCCAAGGUUAUUGCAGCAGCUACCACCACCGCCACCACUCCUACUACUACUACUGAAACAGCUACUCCCGCUACUCCUGUUGCUGCAGACUCAUCAUCUCCCCCCUCUGCCUCCAUGGCUACCCCAGAUCCAGAGGAGCCUGUGACAGUCACCACAUUACAACCGGCUAAGCUAGAAGAAGAACAAGAAGAAGAACAAGAAGAAGAAGAAGAAGAGGAAGAGCAAAAAGAGGAAUCUUUGCCUGAGGAGGCAACGCCAAAAGCAGAAGUGAAGAAAGCAGAACGUAACACGCCCUCCCCGAUCGACCCAGACGCCAUUGAGGUGGACAUUAAUUUCCAGCCGGAUCCCACAGACCUGGUCCUGUCCAGCGUGCCCGGGGGUGAGCUGUUCAACCCUCGCAAGCACAGGUUCUCUCAGGAGGAGCUGAAGCCGCAGCCGAUGAUCAAGAAGGCCAAGAAGGUUUUUGUUCCCGAUGAGCAGAAGGAUGAGAAGUACUGGUCGAGAAGAAAGAAGAACAAUCUGGCAGCGAAGCGCUCCCGCGAUGCACGCCGCCUUAAGGAGAACCAGAUCACCGUGCGUGCAUCCUUCCUGGAGCGUGAAAAUGCUGCUCUGAGGCAGCAAGUGGCUGAGCUGCGGAAGGACUGCGGUCGCUGUAAGAACGUCCUGGCUCGAUACGAAGCCAAGUACGGUCCACUGUAAAAAAUAAAUAACAGAAAAAAAGAAAACUCACAAUAAAACCCAUGACGAGACAAAAGCAGAACUCCCUUCCCCGCAAAUUUCAACACAGACAUAAACACCUAAGGAAUCUAAAUUUGCACUGUUGUCUUUGCUGACCUCCAGUCACUGUGUUCGGCUCCAGUUUCUAACACGAUGCUGGAGUUUUGGAUACACACUGGCAGGCAGUGAGGCAUGAUGGGAGCGGUGGUCACAGGAAGGCCUGUGGAGAGCGCCUGGCUCCUACACUCGGAGAGGAAGUGGACCGUUCUGGAUUCUCCCAUGGUCAAACACACAUGGAAAAUAUGGUCGUCUCGAGAAAAGUUCAAAGAGAGUCACGCGACAUGAAAAGAGCGGGUCGGUUAGAAAGAAUCGCACGCUUUCAAAUUCGAUACAGCAGUUUCCGUCAGAGCACAGCACACCUUAGUGGACCAAAGCACGAGUAGCAUCAGUCAGAAGUUGCGUAUUUAGAAAGGUGCACAUGUGCACUCCUCCUGUUUUCCUUGUGUUGCACUUAAUUAGGAGGCUCAGAAGAAGAAUAUUUACUAAAGUGUAGCAGUGUAGGAGAGGAACAGAUGAAAAAUGAGCCGCAGUCAGGUUCAAGGUGGUACUCCCAGUCUGGAGAGGGUAAGAGGGGGGAGACCUCAGGAAAGGUGUGGUCCAGUCAGAGUUCUUCCGUCACACAAGCACGCCUCUGCACACUGUUUAAAAACAACUGUUAUGUAUAUAUAAUCAUCUCUCUGCACCAUUUUUAUAGUGUAUAAUCCAUUUUGCACUUUUUCAUUAAAAAAAUAAAAUAAAACACACGUGGUGUGUGGAGAUUAAGCUGGUAGCAGCUGUCUACCUUAUUAACGAUGAUCACAGUGGGAGCUGUUUCAAUGGUAGCAUACUAAUGAAAAUGCAAAGUAGGUCUAAAGUUUAAAGCUUCUGUGAUUUUUUAACAUCUUUUUUCUACUAAGAUCAGCUUCCAGAGCCUCAAAGAUUCAGUGAAGGAGCAGAUUGUUUUAUAUAUGGGGAAAGAGUAGUAGUUUCUGUCUGUGGGUUACUGUUAAAGGCAUGCUGUGCAUUUGAUCUCCAAGGCCUUCGAUUGUAGAGGGGUAUGUUCACAUGUACAGUACUACGCACAUAUCUUGUGCCACCCUUCAUUUCCUAAAAUUUUGCUCACAAAGUGGGAUAUAGAUGCAGGAUUUUAUUGACCCGUGCAAACAUACAUGGAAAUACAGUAUCUAAGACAAAAACAGAGUUUUUAUAAUUGUAACCAGCUUGAAAGUUGAUAUUUGGAAGGAUCACCUUAUUCUUCAACACAGCCUGAUCUCUCUUAGGCAGCUUUCUUGGCAUUUCUUUAAGUCGUCUUCAGGAGUAGUUCUCCAGGACAUUUAAAGCUCUUCUUGGGAUGUUUCUGCCGUUUUGGUCUGUCCUAUGUUAACAUGAUCCACACUGCUUCAAUAAUGUUGAGGUCUGAGCUCUGGGGAGGCCAAUCCAUGACUGAUGUUUUUCUAUUCAGGUAUGCUUUCACUGCAUUGUUUGAGAUGAUUGCCAUUCUGAAAAAUGAAGCUGUUUCCAAUUACAUACUUUCCACGUAGUAUUGGCUCAAAAUCUAACAGUACUUUUCUGCCUUCAUAAUUUCAUCAAUAGUAACAAGAUCUGAAAACUGUUUAAUGCCCAUCAAACUGUUACUUUUGAUCUUUUGCGUAGAUUCAACAAAAAAUUAAAACAUGUGUUUUGUGACCGGCUGUUAGUAACAAAAAUACAAUUUAAAAUGGGUUCUUUGCUAAUUUGUCUGUCAUCUGUAAACUUUUUAAUACUGGCCUUUUUUAAUACUUAAUAAAUUCCUCUGAAAAUGGUCUGGUAUGAGGACUGGACUGGAAUAGUGAAAAAGCAGCCAGUGUCGGGGGGAAAAAAAAAAAAAAAAACUUUGAAAGAGCUUUUAGAAAUCCUGGAGAACUAUUACUCAAGACUACUUUAAACAAUAACCAAAUGGGCUCCUUGAAAGCAAAAUAUAAAGAAAUGAGGGGUGGGUUUAAGAGUUUUUCACAGUGCGUUGGGAUGUUUAUUUACUGCACACUGCAGUUGGUGUGCUAGAGUCACUGCCUGCCUGCUAACGGUGUAGAGAGGACUGGAUUGAUUGGUUGCUUUUUGUUUUUUAUCUUAAGCAGGCUCAAAGUCGGCUGUUUCUGAACCUUGUAAAUAUGUCUCCUGGUCUUUAUUUUGCUAAGACGGGGACUCUGUGUCUUUAUUAACCCUACAAUAUUCCUUAUAUUUGCCAAAUAGUUGAAUGAGUGCUGUAUUUAUUCUUGGGUAAUAAUGCAUUUGUUGAUUGUGAUGUACAAACAAUGUGUCAGAUAAUUUUAUUUCUUCUUAGGAAUAAUACCUAUAUAAUGAAACCAAUGACAAAGCAGGGAAUUCAAAGGGUAAACUGUGCUUUUGGAUGUUUGUUUUAAAAACAGGUUUAUAUAGUAAUGUGGGCUUUAUUUUUUUGGGGGGGUGCACUCUCCUUUACCUCGUCCAACACUUGCUACUGUGAAAGGUAAAAAGUGCAGGGCUACAAAGUGUUGGUUGAAGCAAAGAACGCGUACAAAGCAGCUUAGUUCCAUUUGGCAAAACCUUAAAUCCGACUUUAUAAACUGAGUUCUUUCCGCCAAAGCGUCUGAGUCUGAAUCUUAAUUAGUAAAUAUGUUGCAGACUGUUAUGGGACUCUUUAUCUCAAACUUAUAAUUUUUUGAUUUUUAUCAGCCAGCUUGUGCUCAUAAUCCUGGAAAGAAAAUAAAUGUGGCAAUAAUACUCUGUUAUGUAAUGCUAGUUUGAUUUCAGUAGUGAUGUUGUAUGUAUACUUACUAUGAUGUACUAAAUAGAAAUGCCCCAAAGUCAUUCGUGCUUCCAGUUCUCAAUUCUCUGUAGUCCGGGAUCUUAAUGCAUGAAACCCAGUAAACCUGUCUCUCUCUCUCUCUGUUGUUUGCUUUUUUUAAAAAUAAGUUUUAUACCAAGUGUACUUAUGUCUGUAAACCAUUACCGAAAACUAGAGCUCUUUGGUUUUUGGGGGGAUGAUGUAGGCUGGUGGUGUAUUGUGCAGAACAGUUAAAAAAACCAAAAGCAGAGCAUCUUUGCUGUGAUGUCCUUUUGUUUAUGACAGCACCGCCUAUCCUUGUGCAGCCAGCGCUUGACCUUGUGGUGAAAACAGCUGAAAGCAGCAUCUUUUAAUCACUGUGGAUUAUUAUUAUUAUUGUUAUUAUCAUUUUUUUUAUUUGCUAUAGAUUGAUCUAUAUCUGGAUACACUGGAAUCAGCUCGUGCUUUUUUGUGUUUUUUUUUUUUUUUUUUUUUUUUUUUUUUUUUCUUGAUUGCUAAUGUGAUCAUUUGAGUUUCCUGAGUAUUGUAUUUCCAGUGUAUUGUAACAGCUGUUUCUUUGGGGUUUUUCUGUCACAUUGACCUCCAAACUCGACAUCGACUGCACUGAGCUUUAGACAUCAGUCUAGCUGAUGAAUGCAAACUUGGACAUUUAAAAAGAAAAAACUCUAAGAUGGUACUGGCCAAGAGAAGUUUUUAGAAGCCAAUAAAGUCAAGAUCAUAUUUUGUAUAGUGAUGCAUAAAGGAUGUAGCAGUUUCUGUUUGAUGUGAAGCUCCUUAUGAAAUCAAUUUUCUUUCUUUUUAAAGAGGUUGGAGUUUUUCCUCAGUUCUCUGCAUGCAGACCUGCAGACCUGACUUUUGGAUGUAGGUGCGUCUUCUGCCACCUACUGACAAAAGAUGGCUCCUGCACUAGUAAAACCCUUUGUGCCACUUUUGGGUAACAUUUGAGGAAAACUAGAAUCCUGGAUUUCUGAAAGCGUAAUUCAAUCUGUAAAAGCUGAAGCCACCUAUUACAUUUAACCCACAAAGCAGGUUUUAUAGUUCUACCAGUGCAUCAAAUAAGAAUAAAAGAAUAAAGGUGGUAAAAAUUGAAUCCAUCACGGAGGAUAAUGUACCCCUCCCUGGGAUUUGAUUUGUUGUUCCUCCUGGUGUUGUGAUUAGAUUCACCACACAAACACACACAUAAAGAAAUGCACAAAUAAUCGACAGAGAACAUCUGCUGCCUGCAGGUGGCACAAGUGUGAGUGCGCACAGGUGUUUGCUUUACCUGUAGGUGUGCUCAGAGCACCACGACUAGAUCUCCAGGCUAAACCUCAGUUUUAAGGUUAUAGCCUGAAACUCUUGAGGCUGGUUUGAGAUGCUUCGCAUCGACAACACCGUGCCCUUGUUUACUUAUUUUAAGUAGCUCCUGGAAAACCAUUUUAAAUCUCUUUCUGGAAACAUUUUUAAAGACUUGUGAUGUUUUUGGCUUUCUGUUCUGAUUUUUAUAUAAAUGUGGGUUUUUUCUCUUGUUUUUGUAUUGUCCCUAUCAUGUAUUGGAUACAUGAAACUGCAGUAUCGUGUCCUAAUUGUAUCUUGUAUUAUGCAUAUGAAAUAAAUUUGGAGUUUUACCGA